AUGGUGGAGUCCUCGAGUCUCGAAACAUUCCUCAACGGUGGCAAUUUGUACCGCUUUGAGUACGGCGUAAGCAGUAAGUUGUUCAUGGCAAAAGUACGAGGAGGAACUUGUACGACGAACGUUUCAGAUGCCGCUGACGAGGUGAUCCGUCGAGCCAAGUACCUGCUCGAAAAUGAGGGAAUAUUCGGCGUGUACAAUUUGAUCGACAACAAUUGUGAAAACUUUUCGGUCUACUGCAAGACGGGGUUGCUGGAUCGGAGUACAAAGGGGCAUAGUGGACAAAUCGCGUCUCUGGCAUGUUCGUCCGGAUCCUCCGGCGGCGGCGGCCAAAAAAAGGGGUUUGGUAGUGGGCUUGUAAAUUAUAGUAAAGAUCGUUAUAAAAGGGACACUCGCAUGAAGACACAUGGUGUGAAAGUUGCCGUUGAGGAUCUUAAGAAAUUUCCGGCGACAAGAGACCUUUGA